AUGCCUGGCCUGGAGGUGACGAGCGGCCCAUCGGUGGAUUCAUCAGGGCGACCGCUCUUCAGGUCCCACAAGGCCCUCCCACGGAGGGGUAUUAGUACGGGCAUCACUUCCCAUGAUUCUGUCGACCUUGCCCAACCGGCCUCUCCGGAUCAGAAUGCCACAGUUGCGCCGGCUCCUCCGUUGACUCCGCCUGGUGCGAUCCCGGACCAAACCAUGGGCCACCACGAUCACGAUCGUACCCCCCGCAAGACCGACUCGUCCACCUCAGAGAAUCACUCGACCGGUAUGGUGACGCCUCACCGACCAUCAAAACCCCCGACUCCCGAUGUGACGCCACCUCGCACGACUUCGACAAAACGACCGACCCUCAAUCAGCUGGGGAAUUUCCUAUCAUCUUCCUCGCGGGCUGAGUCCUUUCAAACUGCUUGCGAGAAUAUCUCAUCGGAUGGCGAUAUGGACACACCAGUGCGAACCCCUCGUUCUCGGAGCGUUUCGCAAAAGAUUGGCCGGAGGAUUCCUUCCUCCUCAAGACAAUCUUUCACGAAUGGGACGACUGUGUUGCGGGCAUCACUUGCCGGUCCCAGAGACAAAGAUACUCCGCAAUCCACCUCUCAACCACUCAGCGAAACGGACUAUGAGACAGGAUUUGAGUCGUUCGAUGGAGAAUGGGCGAACCCGGCGGAUGGAUCACCCACUCCGCUUCCUGGCGAGCGCAGAGCCUCGAAAGCCACAGCAACUCAAAGUCGGCAAAGUUCUAAAUUGGCCUCGGAUAAUGACACGCUGGACGUCUUGAAUCUGAACGCCUCGCUGAUACGCGAACAGACUCUACGUGGUAGACUAAAAGAACCCUCCAACUUAUCAGCGAGCCCUUCAAUGGAGCGUUUCCGGGCAGAAAUUGGUUGGCCAUCCCAGGAAGAACCGGACUCUCGCCGGUUAUCAGGAAUAUCUUCCACAUCUACCGUGGAGGCGGUGAUCAUCGACUCCCCUAAACGAGCGCAGAGGCUACUGCGACAUACAGAGAAGAGAGGCUCCCUUAGAUCGGCAAGCUCGCCUGUCAUCAUUUCAGGACGCACGUCCACGGUAUCCAAUUCUGAUUCGCAACAGCAUCGCCUUGUCCAUAAGGCAGGCCGCAUAUCCGAGCAGGACCGUCGCAGUAUAUCAUCAGACGUAUCUUUCUCCUCAAAGACCACGACAAGUGCGCCUCCAGCCUCCGUUGACAUCAUCCCCGUCGUCGUUGUACCGGAGAGACGUUCCUCCUUGAGGUCGGGGCCGAAUAGUCACAUCUCGUCGAAGCCUACGUCUCAGCGAUCUAGCCAGCGGGCCCCAGCUCCAUCGAAAGGAUCGGGUUCCAUAGAUGUUCCUCGGCAGCGCAAGCGAACCAUGUCGGAUUCAGCAUCUGCACGGUCCCGAGACACAAGCUCUCGAGGCCGCCCUGUUGGUCGUCCUAUCAUUCCGCCUCGUAGCUCGUCGCUUUCUGCUCCAACCAGCCGUAACAAUUCGCGGGCCACAUCUCUCACAUCAGAUAGCUUGCGCAGUCACACAAUCGCCAUGGACCUGGAGAUGCAGAAACGACUCGAGAAGCAGCCCGUUUCCCCGCCACGCCACAACGUCCUUGACUCUCAGAACCAGUCAUCGUCCCCACCCCAACGAAAGAGCCUUCUGCCGCCGCCCAAUCUACCAGCCCUGAUGAUCAGCUCGACCGACGACAUGGCUACUCUGCGCCCUCCAUCGUUACCGUAUACGCAAUGGUCGAUUCCGUCCUCGUCUCCUGGACCUGUUGAGAUCCGAGAAGCAACUGCCGUCAGCCUCUUCCCGCACAAUAACCGAUCGCUGCUCCUAGUCAACCAGCCUCGAAUGGCACCUGAGACAUGCGUGCUCCAGGCUUUCCACAAUCCCGAAUUCUAUCCACGAACACCAGAGAUACCCACCGAUGGAGCUGAUGAUCCGUUGAGUGGUCUAUCUUCACGCCUAGCAACUGCCCUCGUUGACUCCCCACUGAAGAACCCACGCCCACCACCGAAGCCUCCAGUUUCCAAGCCUCUACCGCCGAUUCCCACUCACCAGCAAACUGGAGAUUUCAACCAGAACAAAGAUGGUGGCGCAGGCUUAGGUCGUCGCUGGAACUCGGUUCGCCGCCCUUGGGGCGCCAGGCCACGAUCGGAAUCAUUCAAUGCCAUUACUCGGACGCUGUCCAUGCGAUCAGCCAAAAACCGGACAGCGGGAUUAGAGAUGGACAGUACCCUACACCCUUUCUGGCGACCGCGUGGAUUCUGGGAUGAUAUCCCCGGGUCCCCAGAAAAGGGACGAUCCGCUCGCCAAAGCGUCCACGGCGCUGACAGUUUCGUCAACAACUCACUCGGCCUGCCCCAACAACGAAUUAUCUUCGACGGACCACCCUCGCUGGCACAAUACAGCCCCGAGAUGAGACGAGUAUUGGACUAUAACGCUAGUCGCGGCAGUCUGGUCGAUCGGGGCAUGAUUCGGUCCCCACUGUAUCAGCAUGGCUACCGUGUCAUUCCUCAGGUUAGUCGAUGGAGCCUACGUCUUCGAUCAAUGUCGUUGCGCAAUGUGCGAACCCGUCUCCGACGUCUGCGUCAGCGACGUGAUGAGAGGAAACGAGCUGCUCGCCGUGAGACCCUCAAGCAAAGCAUUGGGGGGCCAGUCUAUGUGGCGUCCAGCACCACCAAUGGAGUCGCCCGCUGA